AUGGGAUCUUCCGCGCCGGGGUCGCCUCUCCCGCCGCGCCCACGAAGUCCGAUGGCGGCGGUCGCGUUGAGCGGCCCGGCCCAGGUACCUGCCCGUCCCCGGGCCUCCCGCCCCCACCCACCCAACCACCCUCGGGCCCCGAGUGCGGGCCCUGCCUACGGCCCGGGACGGAGAGGCGCUCGUGGGCGGGGCCCGUGUCCUAAGCGCCGGCGUGACGGUGCGUGCGGAGGCCGGGGAUGCGGCCGAGCCGGGAGGACUCGGGCAUCCCGGGAACCUGGGGCGGCCUUCCGCCUGCAGGGAACUGUGAGGCGCAUAAUCCUGGAAGAGCCCGCCGAGGGCUGUAGUUUUGCUGGCAGUGUGACCUCUGAGGACGUGGCCGUGUACUUCUCCUGGGAGGAAUGGGGUCUCCUUGAUGAGGUGCAGAGACGCCUGUACCACCAUGUGAUGCUGCAGAACUUGGCACUUAUAUCCUCCCUGGAGGUUCACAGGCAAAAGCAGCACACUGGAGAAAAACCAUUGAGAAGUGAUGUGAAGAGAGUCUUAUUUGUGAAGAGCUGCAAACUCUGUGUCUCAAGGAAACCCUUUUCUUUUGGGGAAGAUGGGAAGGACUUCCUGGGCAAGUCAGGAUUUCUUCACCAACAGGCCACUCACACCAGGGAGAAGUCAAAUAAUGGAACUGAACAUAGGGAUACUUUUCCAAGGAAAAAAAAUGAUUACAGCCGGAUAGGUUGCACAGAAACUUUCAGCCACAAACACACACUUAUUCAGUACCAGAGAGUCUUCACUAGAGUAAAAAAAUAUUACAUGUGCAGUGAAUGUGGAAAAUCCUUCAGCAAAAGCUCCCACCUCAUUAGACAUAGGAGUGUUCACACUGGAGAAAGGCCUUAUGAAUGCAGUGAAUGUGGAAAAGCUUUUAGCCAAAGCCCAAAUCUCAUUCAACAUCAAAGAGUUCACACUGGAGAAAGGCCUUAUGAGUGCAGUGAAUGUGGGAAAGCUUUUAUCCAAAGCUCACAUCUCAUUCAACACUGGAGAGUUCACACUGGAGAAAGGUCUUAUGAGUGCAGUGAAUGUGGGAAAUCUUUUAGCAAAAGCUACAGCCUCAAUCACCAUCAGAGUGUUCACACUGGAAAAAGGCCUUAUGAAUGUAGCCAAUGUGGGAAAUCAUUUUCCCAAAAUUCUGUGCUCCUUCAACAUCAAAGGGUUCACACUGGUGAAAGUCCUUAUGAGUGCAAUGAAUGUAGAAAAUCUUUUCGCCAAAGCUCUGCACUCCUUCAACAUAGGAGAGUUCACACUGGAGAAAAGCCUUAUGAAUGCAGCGAUUGUGGGAAAUCCUUUAGAUAUAGUUCCAACCUCAUUACACAUCGGAGAAUUCACACUGGAGAAAGACCUUAUGAGUGUGGGGAAUGUGGGAAAGCCUUUAAGAAAAGCUCUUCACUCCUUCAACAUCGGACAGUUCACACUGGAAAAAGGCCUUAUGAGUGCAGCCAGUGUGGGAAAUCAUUUCGCCAAAACAUUGUGCUCCUUCAACAUCAGAGAGUUCACACUGGGGAAAGGCCUUAUCAGUGCAAUGAAUGUGAGAAAUCCUUUAGAUAUAUUUCCAACCUCAUUACUCAUAGGAGAGUUCACACUGGAGAAAGGCCUUAUGAGUGUGGGGAAUGUGGAAAAGCCUUUAGCCAAAGCUCCAACCUCAUCACACAUCGGAGAAUUCACACUAGAAAAAGGCCUUGUAGUUUGGGGAAUAUGCACAAUUCUUUAUCUCCAUCGUCAGUCUCUUAG